CUGUUGGCAUUUUGGGCUUGUUCAUAUGAGUAAAUGAUUUCAGUUCUUGCUUUGGAAUCGCUCAUUAAAUGCCCUUUGAUGGUGUAUAAAUGAGUGAUUAGUCAUCAUUGCUCAUAACUCUCUGAUUCCUCUGUAGUUCUUGAGUAGAAGCAGAAAUGGAACCAGUAAUGGUGGUAAUGUUUGCGAUCUGUUUGUUGUUUUUGCUGUACCAGUUGUAUAAGGUCUCUGAUGAAAGAAGGCAUCGGUGCUGCUACCUUGUGCAUUAUGAGUGCCACAAGCCUUCUGACGACAGGAAGCUAAACACAAAGUUCUGUGGGGACAUCGUAGCCCGGAACAAGAUUCUUGGUCAGGAAGAGCACAAGUUUCUCUUGCGUGCCAUCGUGAGUUCUGGGAUUGGUGAGGAGACUUACGGCCCGAGAAACAUCAUCGAGUGUCGAGAAAACUCGCCCACUGUUGAAGAUGGGAUUUCGGAGAUGUACGAGUGUUUCAUUGACACGUUGGAUCAGCUGUUUCGGAAGACUGGUGUUUCUCCACAAGAAAUCGAUGUUUUAGUUGUGAACAUCUCUUCGCUUACUUCGGUUCCUUCCUUUACAUCCACGAUUAUCAACCAUUACAAGAUGAGGGAUGAUGUCAAAUCCUUCAAUCUCUCUGGAAUGGGGUGCAGUGGAAGCCUAAUUUCCCUGAGUCUUGUGCAGAAUACUUUGAAAUCCUACAAAAAUGUUUUCGCCAUUGUGGUCGCAUCUGAGUCCAUUGCUCCAAACUGGUACUCUGGAAAUGACAAGUCCAUGAUGCUAACGAACUGCUUGUUUCGUUCAGGAGGUUGCUCGUUUCUCCUGACGAACAAAAGGUCUUUCAGAACUCGGGCAAAGUUGAGGCUCAAAUGCCUCGUCCGUACUCAUUUGGGCGCGAAUGAUGAAGCACAUGCUUGUUGCAUGCAAAAAGAGGACGAUCAAGGGAGGUUGGGAUUUUAUCUUGGUAAGAAUCUUCCAAAGACGGCCACUCUGGCUUUCAUCAAGAACAUAACAGGUAUAGCACCAAAAGUUUUGCCUUUACAGGAGCUUAUCAGAUACAUUGUGAUGAAAUAUCUAGGAAACAUGACGACUCUCAAUCUGAAGGCUGGCAUCGAUCAUUUCUGUUUGCACCCUGGUGGAAAUGCCGUGAUUGAGGAAAUUAGAAAGAAUUUGGGGCUAAUUGAGAAAGAUGUCGAGCCAUCGAGAAUGACUCUGCAUCGUUUUGGCAACACUUCUUCCAGUAGUCUCUGGUACGUGUUGGGGUACAUGGAAGCGAAGAAGAGGCUCAAGAAAGGCGACAAAGUUUGGAUGAUUAGUUUCGGUUCUGGUUUCAAGUGCAACAGCUGUGUGUGGGAAGUGUUGAGGGAUUUGGAGGAUGGAAAUGUUUGGGGGGAUAUAAUUGAUGGAUACCCUCCAAAGACCACAACCAACCCUUACAUGGAACAGUAUGGUCGGGUUAAUCAAGUGACUUAGUAGCCACCUGCAGGUGUAUGAUGAGUAAAAUGUCUGACAAAAUGCUUCCAUUUCCGGGGAAAUACAGAAACUAGUAGUGAACUAUGCCACCUUCUUGGCAUAUCUUUGGAGUUUGCUUUAUAUAUAUGCUAUGUUUGCUGUGUCUGUUGUUGCUUUUACUGGGAAAGUGAACGAAAUUCUAGCAGCUAAAUCUUUGGUGCUGACAAUACGAUCUGUGUAUAUUAAUUUUGUCGCAAACUGCUAGAUACGACUAAAGCUUGUGAAAAGCAAGACGGAAGAUCAAAAAGACGCUAGAACGAAGAGAUACGUGGUCCAAAAAUGACUUGGAUUGUAUUUUCAUGAUCGCCGUAGAUGGAAUUAUUGAACGAUGUAAUAAAUUGAAACCUGAAUAGCCCGUAAAACAUUAUGAAAUUG